AUUUCCCAUUUCUCUUCCCAUCAGAAUAUAGUAGCAGUAGGAGCUGGUUUCUGUGAUGGCCUUUGCUGCGGUGACAAUACCAAAGCUGCUGUUAUUCGCCUUGGCCUAAUGGAGAUGAUCUCCUUUGCCAAACUCUUUUGCAAAGGACAGGUGUCUACUGCCACUUUCCUGGAGAGCUGUGGYGUUGCUGAUCUCAUCACAACGUGCUAUGGUGGCCGGAAUAGACGUGUAGCAGAAGCAGUGGUUAAAACUGGAAAGUCUAUUGAAGAAUUAGAGAAGGAAAUGUUGAAUGGUCAGAAACUGCAAGGACCACAGACUUCUGCAGAAGUGUAUCGUAUCCUGAAGCAGAAAGGAAUGCUGGACAAGUUUCCACUCUUCACGGCUGUGUAUCAAAUCUGCUAUGAAGGGAGGCCCGUCAAAGAGAUAAUAUCUUGCCUUCAAAGUCAUCCAGAGCACGUGUAAAAUCCAUCAGCCUGUUGUACUAAUGCAGCUUUCUGCCUUUCGAAUUCUUGUGUGGGUUCAAGUGGAUGUAGCUAUCAUUAAGCUUUGUUCAAAGCUGCUUAUUAGGCAACAGGAACAACAUGAAUGUCUCUGAGCGGGUGUUGGUGUUUGUUAUCCCGCCUGGUUUGACACAGCAUGCAGUGUUGGCUUGGUGAUUGUCCUUUUACUGGCUAAAAUGCAUCUCUUUUAAGAUACGCAAUACAAAAGUUGCACUACAUACCUGAUACAUAUACACAAGUGUACUUUGAGUUUGUUCCUACACCAUAAAACACAAUGCUUUGUUGUCUCUUAUUAAAGCUUAAUCCAAAAUCUGCUGGACACUGUGGGAAGAAUCCCACUGGUUUUGAUCAGAGACUGAAGCAAGCCUGUAACCUUGAAAUAUUAGGAAUCUUUCUGUUAGAACUUUGUUUUAUUCUAUAUACACAAUUAAGUGUUAACAUUUUGCAUGCUUAUGAUUAUAUUAAUUAUAUUAAUAUUUUGCAAUGUUAAUGCAAAACAAGUGGUAGCAKUUAUUCAGGGGGCUACAGGGAUAUUUUAAGGAACUCUAGUGAAAAAUAUUCUGAUUUUUGAAAGACGUUUAAAUUGUCAGGCUACUUUGAAAUCAAUUUCUAAGUGAAUUUAAAGUUUUUAAUUACACUUUUAAAGGGAAUGUUCUAGAGGGGGAUCAUUACCUCCCCUUCUGUUUUUUAAUCCUUUCAUUUUUGUAUUUCUCUGUUUCUCCCUUACUGUUCCUAGGUAUUAGGCUCUUCCAGAAUCCCAUUCCCCAAAGCAAGCCAGAGAUGUUGACCUGRGGGUUCUGAGCCCUGAAGCCUACAGAUCAUUGUAGUGUUGUACCUGUGGUUAUUCUUCACUGGUAUUGUUGGUUGGAUGGGGAGGAAUACCUUUGGGUAUCCACUGCUCAAAGUUAUUCUGCUGUGUUUCUAGCUUAACUGCAAAAUGUUGUGCGCUCCCCACARCACUCCAAGGAAUGUCAGGGGAAUUCCCAGGUACGACACAGGCUUGUGUUGUCAGAAGGGCUGUGUGCCAGUAYGAUGAUUGCAUUCAUUUCAGUGCCUGCAUGUGGCAUGUCCACUGGGCUGUAGUCCUGAUCCAGCCUCCCCAGUUCUGGAGUUACUCUUUCACUGGACAAAAUUUUUAUGGGUGCUGAAUCAAACCACCAGUCUCCCAGAAAGCUUCACAAAGGCAUCUAUCUCUUUUAUUCCCCAGGUAUCUCAGCUAGGUUUUUUCAGGAACCUUUGCUUUAUCGUGGAGGUUAAUUUUGUUUGUUAUUGGAAAAUUUGUGAUUUAAUGGAGUUUAAGGGAGGGGGAUUGGUUUGGUUGGUCUUUUUAAAURUUUUAAAGAUUUAUACAAGAGAAGAUGGGUAAAAUCUGUUUUGCUUUUCUUGUACUAAAGUAUUGGGGUUUUUUUAUGAAAUACACACUAGGUACAUAAAGAGUGGACUUACUCUUCUGAUUGGCAUCAGAAUUUAUAAAACAAGACUGGCCAUCUGCUCUGAAUAUCCACGCCUAACAUCAGAGCAGUAUCAGAAUUGUUGUUCACUAUUCUUGAUGGUGGUUUUAGACCAGAAAUCAUAAGCACAAACCCAUCCUGAAACUUUUAUGUUGUCAUUCAAAAUUUGCUGAAACAAAGAGGAAGCCUGYGAAUAAUUGUCAUGCUUACAUAGCCUGGAUUAUUCUGAAAUAGGCAAGCAUUAGGGCAGCUCUGUGUAAACAGGAAGACCCSUCAGCUCAGCGGUACCAUUUUUUUGUGCUCCUAUAUUGUUUUGCAUUAAUAUUUGCAAGAUCUCAUGAAUGUCCUCAGAUAUUCAGGGGUGUGAAAAGUUAUUUUGCCUUACUUCUGAUUUAGUGCUAAAUAUAAGAGAUGGCCAGAAGUUAAGUGACAUCAGAUAUUUGUUGCAGUUGGGAGCAUCACUGGGUAGAGCUGACUUGAAGCAAGCACUCUGCUUGGAUGUUUAAGAAGAUGUUUUAAGGUUGGAAUCACUGUUACGCUAACGCACACAUGGAGCAAACACUCCUCAUUACUGCAUAACUUUCAGUGUGUUUGCUUAUGCUUUGUUUUGUUCUGUUUUUUAAUACCAAAUUGAUGGCUUUUCCUUUGUGUACAUAUACAUUAUAUAUGUAAACUUUUUUUUUACAUGCAGUAUGUACAUGCAGUAGCAUUUUGUAAGAUACAUAAAGGGCUAUAUGAGCUAAAUGUGGUAAAUUAAUAUAUAUUUUUAAAUUAUUUCUGUAUUAUUCCAAUACUUCUUCCAUCAAAACUCCCAAAUUUKAUUGUUCUUGUUUUGUAGAGAAGCCUAUAUUAUAAGGCAAAUCCAAAGGARAGGUUUUUAUGAAAUUCUUUCCUCCAGUCUAUUACAAUAUCCUUGKUUUUUUCAGACAAGAAGUGAGGUUUUAGUAACUAAAAUAACAAAAAUAGUUUCUUUAAAUUUCUUUUGGUAGUUCACCAUUUGCAUUUGUUUUUCAGUGCUGGAUAGCACUCAUCUUGGCACUAGGCAUUUUUCCCCCACUAAUACUUACUGCUCAUUAAAAGACUGUGACAUGGUACUGGAAGUGAAUGAUUAGAAUCCUGUUUGCAAACAUUCUCUUUUGCCUAGUGCUGGAAUAGUCUUACUGGAAACAUUAACCCCUCUGUAAGGGGGACAUGAAUUUGUAACUAUUUCUUGGUUUAUGAACUUUAAUUACUAAGGAAGGCAUUACAUUCUAAUGAUACUUACUGAACUUGCCCUCRUCAUAUGUACUGAUUUUGUUUAGAGAUGUUGAAUGUAUACCUGUUAGUACAAAUAAACAUUUUUGUCUUGG